AUGGGCAACUGGGACACGGAUCGCAGGGCAUCCUACGAAGAUGCCCCCGGGGGUCUUGGAGAGGGAGUCAACACCAUUUCCAGCAGCUCCAAUCCCCUGCAGCCACCUGACACCCCCUCAGAGGAGCCUUUUACCACCUACUUUGACAGCAAGAUCCCCAUUCCCGAGGAUGAAAAGGUGACAUUUUUUUUUUUCAGCUUCCGCAAGCUCUGGGCCUUCACGGGGCCGGGCUUCCUGAUGAGCAUUGCCUAUCUGGAUCCCGGGAACAUUGAGUCGGAUCUGCAGUCUGGGGCCAUUGCAGGCUUCAAGCUCCUCUGGGUCCUGAUGUUGGCCACAAUCAUUGGACUCCUCCUGCAGCGCCUGGCAGCCCGGCUGGGGGUGGUGACUGGGCUGCACCUGGCUGAGGUCUGCAACAGGCAGUACCAGAAGGUCCCUCGCAUCAUCCUGUGGCUGAUGGUGGAACUGGCCAUCAUCGGGUCAGACAUGCAGGAAGUCAUCGGCUCAGCCAUCGCCAUCAACCUCCUGUCUGUGGGGAGGAUCCCGCUGUGGGGCGGUGUCCUCAUCACCAUCGCUGACACCUUCGUGUUUCUCUUCCUGGAUAAAUAUGGCCUGCGGAAGCUUGAGGCCUUCUUUGGCUUCCUCAUCACCAUCAUGGCACUGACCUUCGGCUACGAGUACGUGACGGUGCGGCCGGACCAGGGGCAGUUGCUCCGGGGGCUCUUCGUGCCUGGCUGCCCGGGCUGUGGGACCCCCCAGCUGGAACAGGCCGUAGGCAUCGUGGGUGCUGUCAUCAUGCCCCACAACAUGUACCUGCACUCAGCCCUGGUCAAGUCCCGACAGGUGAACCGGGCCAACAAGAGAGAGGUCCAAGAAGCCAACAAGUAUUUCUUCAUCGAAUCCUGCAUUGCACUCUUUGUCUCCUUCAUCAUCAACAUCUUUGUGGUCACAGUUUUUGCUGAGGCUUUUUUUGACAAGACCAAUGGGGACGUGCACAGAGUCUGUGGGAACACCAGCAGCCCCCACGUCUCACUCUUCCCCAACAACAACCAGACACUGGAAGUGGACAUCUACAAGGGGGGGGUUGUUCUGGGCUGUUACUUUGGCCCUGCUGCGCUCUACAUCUGGGCCAUUGGAAUCCUGGCGGCUGGGCAGAGCUCCACUAUGACAGGGACCUACUCUGGGCAGUUUGUCAUGGAGGGUUUCCUCAACCUGCGCUGGUCCCGCUUCGCCAGGGUCCUGCUGACCCGCUCAAUCGCCAUCACCCCCACGCUCUUUGUCGCCAUCUUCCAGGACGUGGAGCACCUGACAGGCAUGAAUGACUUCCUCAAUGUCCUCAUGAGUCUCCAGCUCCCCUUUGCUUUGAUCCCGGUCCUGACCUUCACCAGCCUCCCCAGUGUCAUGAACGACUUUGCCAAUGGGUGGUUCUGGAAGAUCGGGGGGGGUGUCUUGAUCCUCCUCAUCUGCAGCAUCAACAUGUAUUUCGUGGUGGCCUAUGUCAUGUCCCUCAAUCACCUGGCUCUGUACAUCGGGGCCGCUGUUCUCAGCAUCAUCUACUUGUCCUUCGUGGCCUACCUGGGCUGGCUCUGCCUCAUUGCUCUGGGUCUCUCCUCCCUGGCCUGUGGACAGUCGGUAAGCGUCACCAGGACCCUGCUGGCCGAGGAGGCCCCGGCCCAUGUCACCAAGUAG